AUGACCGGAAACCUUACAUCCACCGGCCGCGGAGGCGCUGGCAACAUUGGCGAUGUUUCCAAGUCGCCACGCAUCGAGCCCAAGGACCUCCAGACGCCCACGCUGAAGACCCCCGUUGUGACCACUGGCCGGGGAGGCUCUGGUAACAUGACUCCGAACCGGGACCCUGCCGAGACUCGCGCGCUCCAGGACGUUGGCCCUGUCACCCGGCGCCCUAGCGAGGGAGCCACGCACGUUGGCCGUGGAGGUGCCGCCAACGUCGCCAAGCUCAGCGCCGCAGAGAUCGAGAAGGCAAAGCAGUCCGGCAGCGCAGUCGAGGACGAGCCUGCUGUCAAGAAGGACGCGAAGGAGGGCAGCAAGAGCCCCAGCCUGGCUGCCAAGGGCAAGGAGUGGCUCCAGAGCUUGGGCAAGAAGGCUUAG